AUGAUGAUACUCCAGCGCUUUUCAGCAGCGCGACCAGGUUUACCAGGGCUUUAUAGGAAUAUUCGUUCGUCCCAUUUCUUGUCUCGCUCCUGCUUUUCGAGCUUCAAUGUCCAUGAACAAGAGGAUUUCUUCCGGUACACAAGCGGACGCUGGCUUUGGGAUGAGCAGCAGCAGCUUCUAGACCGAUUCACGCCUUUCAAUGUGUUGGAACUCCAGCGUAUUGCUGCCAGAAGCAUCGGUUCAAACCACUGUGUUGCCAUGAUGAAGCUGGCAGAAGGCUCUUUCAACAAGACCUUCCGGCUUGUUAUGGAUAACGGGUCUGCUGUCAUUGCAAGAAUACCCCAUCCUAUUGCCGGACCUAAGUAUUACACUACUGCAUCAGAAGUUGCGACGAUGGAUUUUGCAAGUCUCUUACUCUCAACCGCCCGUACAGUACUACAAAUACCUACUCCGCGAGUCCAUGCCUGGAAUGCACAUGCCGAUGAUCCCGUGGGUGCAGAAUAUAUCAUCAUGGAAGAAGCUGCAGGGACAAAUCUGGAAGAUGUGUGGGAUGAGCUUCCGUUGGAGGAUAAAGUCUCUAUCAUGAAAGACCUGGUUUUCAUUGAGAAAAAACUCCUUUCGAUAUCUUUCGGCAGCUAUGGGAAUCUGUAUUACUCUGAUGAGGCCGUUUCGGGCGCUGUUGCUGCGGAAGUCAUGAAUGACGUCUCCCCGGAAAUCAAGAGUGAAGUAAAGAAACGGUUUUCCCUCGGGCCUGUUGUUGAACGAGACUUUUGGAGCAAAGAACGUUCAAUAAUGAAUAUUGAUCGCGGUCCGUGGAAACAUCCACAAGAAUAUGCAGUAGCUUUGGCACGCCGUGAGCAGGAAUGGAUCCAGCGAUAUGCGGUUCCUAGAUAUGCGGAUGACCCGCUUGUAACGUCUGCUGCGCAAAAUUCUCCAGAUGCGCAUCUUUUGCUCCUCCAAAGGUAUCUGCAAGUGGCCCCUUACCUUUUGCCCGCAGACUCAGAUAUCAUUGCACCCACUAUUUGGCAUACCGACCUUCAUGCCGGUAAUCUCUUUGUGGAUAAGGGCCGCAUCACUGGUGUCAUUGACUGGCAGGGAGCCUGGGCUGGACCUCUAGUUCUCCAGGGCCGCCAUCCACGUCUAGUCGACUACCAUGGUGAUAUCAUUUUGAAACCCCCAGCAAAUUUUAAGGACCUUGAACCGAAUGAGAAGGCUCGUUUGAGAAAACAGAUUGCCAGUUCUAUUAUUCUUUAUCUUUAUGAGCAAAAAACGGCGAAAGUCAACCCUGGCCUGGACGGAGUAUUUCGCUUAAAGCUUGGUCGGGUGAGAUGUGAGCCUAUAAGCUUUGUCAGUGAUGCUUGGGACGACGAUAUCUUACCAUUAAGGGAAUCACUAAUAAAUGUAGAAAGAUAUUGGCAUGAACUAGGCUUCGAUUUCCCUUGCCCCAUCCAUUUUACUGAGGACGAGCUUCAGCAGCACGCAAGGGAUGGAGACGGAUGGAACGAAGCUCAGGACUUUUGGAAGGCUAUGGAGGGCAUCGUCACCCGUGAUGGCUGGACUUCCCACGAACAGUAUGAUGAUGCCAUGGCUCUCUUUUCAGAACUCAGGGAGAACAUAUUGAAAACCCUGGUGGGAAAAGAAAGGAAGGACUUUGAAGCUCAGACACGGUGGGCAGAGAAAUCCUCCUCUUCCCAAAGACCAAAAUGA